AUGGAGGCGCAACCGACAGCCGAACCGGCUGCAAACCCAGCUGGCGAUGCUGCGUCGAGCAGCGAAGCCGCCACCAUCGCAAACAUUCACCAGCUCCUCAGGACCAAAGAUGACACCAAGCGCUUCGUGGGCCUCGCCAUGCUCAAGUCGGUCCUCGACAACUCGCCACAGCUCCGCGAGGACCAGCAAGUUGUCCAGGCCCUGUGGUCCAGCAUAUCCGCAAAGUUUCUCGACAGGCUCCUCAAGACGGGCUCGAAACCCUCGUCCAGCAACCAGACCGCCAAGGACAUGCUGGACUUGGCUGUCUCGGUGCUGCACACCUUCAUUGCUCUCCUGCCAGAAGAGUCAAGAGGCGAGGUGAAACUGACGGGAAGGAUACCUGGACUUGUGAACGCGCUACUGUACAGCUCCAACGAGACGACAAACCAGAUCCUCCAGGUGCUUCACUCCUUGGCCAGCACUCCGAACGGGGCGCAUGCUCUCGUGCAAAUCGAGGACCUCACUCCACUCACCGAGGCCGCCCCUGCGCACCCCGAUGCCAUGGACGUCCUGCGCUUCGCGUGGCUCAAUUCGAUGACUACCUUUGAGAACAAGAGAGACCUCUCUACCAGGAUAGAUGAGGCUCUUCAAAGCCUAGUGUCUUCCUUUACAGGCACAGACGCUGUCACGCUGCUCGAAUUUCUUGGAGCAUUCCUUCGGCAGGCCGAUGCGACGAUUCUCCCUGCAAACCCAAAGUGGCUCAAGGCUGUCGCUGCCGCAAUCAAACGUCUCGUUACGAGCCGCCCAGCUCCUCAGGCACGCUCCGCUUACACCAACGCCACCGCCGCGCUUCUACAGGCGUAUCCCUCUUCUGCGCCCAACCCCCUGUUUACCGACGAAAAGAGCGACGACAAGCCCUUUGCAUACCUUCUCAUCAACCUCAUGCUUAUCGAUAUCCGCUCUUCCGCCCCGACUCUCCUGGAAAAGCUGAACUCCCCUGACUAUCCUCAAAUGUCGCGCAGGCUGGCCUCGGCGUUUGACGUCAUCUGCAUCUUCAUCGGCUAUCUCGUUCAGGCCCUGGAAGAUGACAAUCUUGAGACGUUUGUCAUGUCUCCGGAUAGUCUUCUUAAAUUGCGCAAGGGCAUCUCCGAAACCAUGUCCGUAGCGAUAGAGUAUCUGCGCGACAGAUGGGACGCCUCGGUUGCGGGAGCCAUGGGGUUGCAUCCCGAUGCCCGGGCCGGCGCCGCAGCAACAUCUACGGGGGCGCACUAUACCCUAGCGUGGGACUCGGUCGCCGACACAGCAGACAGCGAUCCUUUCAUUCUGUCAGCCAUACGAGCGGUGGCGCUCUGGCUGCGCGAGGACGAGAACGAGCAGCUGAGAAAGGAGGCUACCGGGCUGAUCGAUAUGCUCAUGGAUCUGUACCGGGCCAGCACCGAGUCCGAGAAACUCGACUUUAGAUCACCGGUUCUCGUUGCCCUGGAAGCCCUGGUCACGCUCGAUCAGGGGCGCGAGAUACUGCUACGCCACGACGGAUGGCAGAUUCUCGCAAAGGACUUGACGAAUAUACUACAAGCCAAAGAGUCCGCAGGUUCGACACGCGAAGCCAAUGCGACCCGAGGGAUCGAGAUUGUGCGUAUCCUCUUACAGAUCGCAGAGCAGGAAUCCACUGGCACGGAAGAGGCAUGGAUGGAUCUCAUCACGGCCGUCGCGUCGUGGGACGCGUCCUCUACUCAGGGGUUGCGACCUGUCGAGCAGGAGUUUACUGUUGCCGUGCUGCAGCUCUGCUGUACGCUCCUGGAGAAUGCAAGGGACGGUAUGAGGACAAGGUACAAGCACUCGGUCAGCGCCAUCAGUGGCAUCGCGAGCCAGCUCAGUGGCAGCAUGGGGAAGGAAACCGUGUUGCGUGAAGAGAUGGAGGAUGUGCUGGUUACGCUGCGUGAGCUGGAACAGCGGAUCUGA